CGCACAUUGGUGGUGACCAGACGCAGCAGCAAUCAAGGACACACUGGCAAGGUGGUACAUAACGUAACUUCAUAAUUAGAGAACUACAGAAACAUUGACAAACUACACAUUUGUUUGCAUUUAACUUGUUCACCAACCUCUACGAAGAAAAUAUAUACAUAUUAACCUAUCCGACGUUACGUUAGGUGUCCAGCAUGUCUGUUGAUUGGGUCGGUUACAGCUAUGCAGCCCUCGUGGCGUCAGGCGGAGUCAUUGGUUAUGUUAAAGCAGGGAGCGUCCCGUCCCUAGCGGCAGGGCUGGUGUUCGGGGGCCUUGCGGGGUUCGGAGCCUAUCAGAUCUCGGAGGAUCCUAAGAACGUUUGGGUGUCUCUAGCUACGUCGGGUGCUCUGGCGGGCGUCAUGGGGAAGAGAUUCUAUGGCUCCAGGAAGUUCAUGCCGGCUGGUCUGAUGGCAGGAGCUAGUCUGCUGAUGCUGGGGAAGCUGGGAGUGGGAAUGCUACAGAAACCCCAGCAGUCUGGAUGACAUCAGAGCUCCUCCCCUGGUCAUCUUCAGGCUCUGCUCCUCCCCUGGUCAUCUUCAGGCUCUGUUCCUCCCCUGGUCAUCUUCAGGCUCUGCUCCUCCCCUGGUCAUCUUCAGGCUCUGUUCCUCCCCUGGUCAUCUUCAGGCUCUCCUCCUCCUCUCUCAUUAUUGUUGAUUUUUCAUUAUUUGUAAAGGAAAAUGUACAAUUGCAAAGGCUUCUCUUGUUUAUGGAAAAGUGUCCUGUCCCUGAGACGGAGCAGGUGGGAGGCAGGAAACAGGAUGCUGAGUAAAAUGUUUAUAAAAUG